UAUACAAGUUUUACUUUCAAUAAAUACAAACAUUGAAAUAAAUACUAUAACAACUCGAAUGAAUUCUAAUUAAAAUAUAUUCAUUAAAAUACACAAACAACAUUAUAAAAAUGGGAAAUUUUGAAUUAUUAAGAAAAAAAUUUUCUACUUAUUUGGAGCAAUGUAUCACAUGUUCUGAUAUAUCAGAAUUUCAAAAAAAAUGUAUAAAUGAUUGUCCAAAUAGUACUGACAGAAAAACAGCAAUUGAUCAAGCAUUAAGAGAUACACUUCUUGUUGUUAUUGAUAAAAGUUAUAAAACAGGUAAAGUUAAUUUACUUGAAUCAUAUGUAACAAUAACAAUUGAAUUAUGCAGAAUUGAAUUAGCAACAUUAACAAUGCCAGUGAUGAUGCUGAGUGACAUUUUUGAUACAAUAACACUUGAUAAAUGUGAAAAGUUAUUUACUUAUGUUGAAGACAAUAUGUCAAUUUGGAAAGAAGAGCUAUUUUUUACAGCAUGUAAAAAUAAUUUAUUAAGAAUGUGUAAUGAUUUAUUACGUAAAUUAUCAAGAUCACAACAGACUGUUUUUUGUGGAAGAAUAUUAUUAUUUCUUGCUAAAUUUUUUCCAUUUUCUGAAAAAUCUGGCUUAAAUAUUGUCAGUGAAUUUAAUUUAGAUAAUUGUACUGAAUUUGGUAAUGAAAAUAAUGAUGAUACUGAUAAUAAUAUAACUCAAAAAAUUGAUGAUAAUGAUGUCAAUAAUAAAAUGCAAAUUGAUUAUAAUUUAUAUCGUAAAUUUUGGGCAUUACAAGAUUUUUUUAGAAAUCCAAAUCAAUGUUAUACAAAAAUGCAGUGGAAAGUUUUUUCAAUGCAUGCAUCAAGUGUUUUAUCAGCAUUUUCAUCAUUUAAAUUAGAAGAUCAACGUCCAUGUACAACAAUUGACAAUAAAAAUAAUUCAGUUAUGGAUACAUCAGAACCAAAAGAAGCUCAUUAUUUUGCUAAAUAUUUGACAAAUCAAAAAUUACUUGAGCUACAAUUAUCAGAUUCAAAUUUUCGUCGUUAUGUUUUAUUACAAUUUUUGAUAUUAUUUCAAUAUCUAAAUAGUACUGUUAAAUUUAAAGCUGAAACACAUGAGUUAAAAAAUGAACAAGCUGAAUGGGUAACAGCAACAACUGAACAAGUUUAUACCCUGAUAAAUGAAACACCACCAGAUGGACAAUUAUUUUGUGAAACAGUUAAAAAUAUCCUAAAACGUGAAGAACAUUGGAAUGCUUGGAAAAAUGAUGGCUGUCCACCAUUUAAAAGACCAGCAAAAGAACCAUCAUCUGAUAGUGAUGAGCCUAAAAAAGUUAAAAAAAUUAAACGUAGAAUUGGUGAUGUUAUAAGAGAUGCACAAGGUGCUGGUAAAUUUAACAUGGGAAAUCCUGAAUUGACAAAAUUAUGGAAUUUAUGUCCAAAUAAUUUGGAAGCUUGUAAAUCAAAAGAUCGUGAUUUUUUACCAUCAUUAGAAACAUAUUUUGAAGAAGCUAUUGAACAGCUGGAUCCAGCAGCUAUGGUUGAAGAAGAAUACAAAAAAGUCAAUGAUGGAAGUUUUGGUUGGCGUGCAUUGAGAUUAUUAGCAAGAAGAAGUCCACAUUUUUUUGUUCAUGGAAAUAAUCCAAUAAAUAAAUUACCAGAAUAUCUUGAAUCAAUGAUUAAAAAAAUAGCCAAAGAUCGUCCACAGUUACAAUGUGAUGUUGUUAAAAAUGAAUCAUCUGAAGAAACACAAGCAGAAACAAAUGAACAAGAUUUUAAUGAAGAUGUUCUUAAACAAGAUGCUGAACAAGUUGAUGUUGAUACAAUUGAUUCUAAAAUAAGAAAAAUUAAUCCAGUUAGUACUGAUAUUAUUGAUAAAUUAUCAGAAGUAUUAAAAGAUGAUUGGCAAAAAUUAGCAAGUAAACUUGGAUAUGCACGUGAUGAAAUUAAAUUUUUUGAAAGUAAACCAACUCAGUAUGAUCAAUGUCAAAGUAUGCUUAAAAUUUGGUCAGAAGCUGAUGAUGAUGCAUCUAUUGAAAAUCUUUUAUACAUUCUUGAAGGACUAGAUCUCACUGAAGCUGCAGCACUUUUACAAUCAUAAAUUAUUAUAAAUAAAUAAUAAUACAAAAUUUAAAUUAUAUAUUAAAUUUUUUUUUUUUUUAUUUUUUAAAUUCAAGUUAAAAGUAAAAUAAAAAUAAUAUUUUUUACUCUUUGA